ACGACCAUACGUAUAGUGAUAUCAGAGACUGUCAGAGACUUUUCUCAAUCGAUCGAGCAUGAUUUUGAACGCUUUAACGAAAGCAGUUCCUGCUUCCUUGAGAGUUGUUAAACCUCUCUUACAAAAUGAAAUCGCUAAAGUAUCAGGCGUUCUCGCUAUUAACAAAAGAGAUUAUGCUGCCAAACCCGCGGCUGCAUCCAAAGGUGCGCAAGGAAAGGUAGUUGCUGUUAUUGGUGCUGUUGUUGAUGUACAAUUUGAUGAUGCUCUUCCACCCAUACUUAAUGCUUUGGAAGUACAGAACCGUACACCUAGACUGGUACUUGAAGUCGCCCAACAUCUUGGAGAAAAUACAGUGCGCACCAUUGCUAUGGAUGGUACGGAGGGUUUGGUACGCGGUCAAAAUGUGUUAGAUUCUGGAUUCCCUAUUCGUAUUCCUGUGGGAGCUGAAACUUUAGGUCGUAUUAUUAAUGUCAUUGGUGAACCCAUUGAUGAACGUGGACCUAUCCCAACAGAUAAGUUGGCCCCUAUUCAUGCAGAUGCUCCUGAAUUUGUAGACAUGUCCGUUGAACAAGAGAUUCUAGUCACAGGCAUCAAAGUCGUGGAUUUGCUGGCUCCCUAUGCUAAGGGUGGAAAGAUUGGCCUGUUUGGUGGUGCUGGAGUCGGAAAAACUGUACUUAUUAUGGAACUAAUCAACAAUGUGGCCAAGGCUCACGGUGGUUAUUCAGUGUUUGCUGGCGUGGGUGAAAGAACGCGCGAGGGUAACGAUCUCUAUCAUGAAAUGAUCGAAUCUGGUGUAAUUUCUCUGAAGGACAAGACUUCUAAAGUAGCGCUAGUUUAUGGGCAGAUGAAUGAACCGCCUGGUGCCCGCGCCCGUGUCGCUCUCACUGGUCUCACUGUCGCCGAAUAUUUCCGUGAUCAGGAAGGUCAGGAUGUACUAUUAUUCAUUGAUAACAUCUUCAGGUUUACUCAGGCUGGUUCUGAGGUAUCUGCUUUGUUGGGUCGUAUUCCAUCUGCUGUGGGUUAUCAACCUACAUUGGCCACUGAUAUGGGUACCAUGCAAGAACGAAUUACCACAACGAAAAAAGGAUCCAUCACCUCUGUUCAAGCCAUUUAUGUACCUGCUGAUGAUUUGACAGAUCCUGCUCCCGCUACCACUUUUGCUCACUUGGAUGCUACAACCGUAUUGUCACGUGCUAUUGCUGAAUUAGGUAUUUAUCCAGCUGUCGAUCCUCUCGACUCCACAUCCCGUAUCAUGGAUCCCAAUAUUAUCGGCACAGAACACUAUAACAUCGCUCGUGGUGUACAGAAGAUCCUUCAAGAUUAUAAGUCGCUACAGGAUAUUAUUGCAAUUUUGGGUAUGGACGAAUUGUCAGAAGAAGACAAGCUGACGGUUGCACGUGCGCGUAAAAUCCAAAGGUUCUUGUCCCAGCCAUUCCAGGUCGCCGAGGUGUUCACUGGUCAUGCCGGCAAAUUAGUACCAUUACAAGAAACUAUCAAAGGAUUCCAGAAAAUUUUAGGUGGAGAAUUAGAUCACUUACCGGAAGUAGCAUUUUACAUGGUUGGUCCGAUCGAGGAAGUAGUAGCGAAAGCGGAAUCGUUGGCCAAACAAUAAAUUAAAUUAGUCAUCUUAAAAGAGUUAUUAACAUUUUAUUCGAUCAUCAUUCAUUUCGCAAAAGCAACCUUCUAUUGCAAGAUUGGCACAAAAUCGAAAAGUGUGAUUUUAACCAGUGAUUUUAACUUGAUUUUAAUCAUUUCGGUCAAAAUCGAUUUUGAGUAUGUAUCUUUUCUCUCUCUCUCUCUCUCUCAUCAAAAUUUAAUAAGUUUUAUUUUACCCUAUUAUUAUUAGCUGCGUCAAAAUUUAUUGCCAGUGCUGAAAAUGCUACAAUUUAUAUUAUGUGCACUAUAAUUUUCAAUACAGGUAGUCAUUUUUUUGGAACAACAUAGUUUUUAAGCUAACCCAGCCUAGAAUUAAGAUAGAGAAUAAAAAUUAGAUCGAAAUAAGUCAAAAAAACAUUUUAUUAGAUAUUAAGUAAUAAGUUAAAACCAUAAACGAACAUUA